AUGCAGCUGCAUAGUGCACGAGUCAGUUUCGACGUUUUUAUUGACGGCCAAAGUGAACUGGAUCUCGUCUGUGUCAGCGCCAACCUCAUCGACACUAGAGAAGUGCAAAUGGGAAGUGGAACGAAGAACCUGUUCAACACCAUCCUUCGACCUCGUGAAGCUUCAAAUAAGAACUAUCAGUUGAUGUCUGAAGCGCACAUAAUGAUGCGGAAAGACGAAGUGCCGGUGGUCACGCUGGUGUUGAUGUAUUCGCGUGUGUUGAUGCUCUACGACUGGCUGAACGACGCCAAGGACUUUGUCAUGUUGACUCGGACUUCGUACCGAAACAGUGACGAUCCGGUACGUUGUCUAGCCAAUGGAGGAGUCGUAGGUCGCAUGGGACGAGUUCCGUCAGGACAGCAACAGACGAUAUCAUUGAAGAUAACACUGAGGGACUCGGACUUGUAUCUGCUCGAGAAUCCAAGCAUGAGUAACAGCUUUGCAGUAGUGGUGAACACAAGUGCCGUUUUGAAUGUCAGCGACCCUGGUGGCGUACUGACGUUUAAUUUGGAAAUACAAAAUCUGAACCUUGGUUGGUGUUGCAUGCAAAAUGAAGAAACAACCUUGAAUCAGUGUUCGAAUGAGUUCUCAAUCGCCCUUAGUAUGACCAUGGGUGACCCCGUAGCAGAGGAUUCUAACAAGCGACGGGGAUUGCCUUCGUUGGCGCUCAAAAGACACACGAUAGAGGUUUAUAUUAAUGGGAUGAUCGGCAGGUUAUCGUACAAAGACAUACGAGUUCUUCGUAGUGCUAUUGAGGGGUAUGUUGAGAACCUGAGGCAGAACUGUAGUGUUACUAUGGUACCUGUAAUUGGAACUCCGCCCAAACCGAAAAACAUCGAAAUAGGUCGUAUUGUUGUGAAGUCUGAGAGGAUAGACCUUUGGUUGCUGGAUGAUUUUCAAGGAAGCUCGAUUCCACUGCUGCGAUUUUCGUUGUUAAAUUUGUCAAUCGAUCGACAAUCAGAGGAGCGUCUAGUAUCGAAUUUUUCGGUAUCCGCAGAUUACUUCAAUCAAAGAGUUUUUGGAUGGGAGCCAGUAGUAGAGAAAUGGUCGGUGUUACGAUUUCUCAUGACGAAGAAGGAAAACACAAGGAAUAUGGAUCUUAUAGCUGAUUACUUCAAUCAAAGAGUUUUCGGAUGGGAGCCAGUAGUAGAGAAAUGGUCGGUGUUACGAUUUCUCAUGACGAAGAAGGAGAACACAAGGAAUAUGGAUCUUAUAGCUGAAUCACGCUCGACGUUAGAUAUCAAUAUUACCGAACAGCUUAUGCAGCAGGCCGUUCAGGUUGGCUCACGAUGGCCACUGAUCCACGCAUCGUUUGAGAGAGACGGCUUCAGGAACUCGUGUGCUCGGUCAAGAUCAGAUCAUCUACCAUACAUUUUCAAAAAUCAAACAGGCUGUGAAGUCGUCUUUAGCACUGCUGUGGAGGACAUCCAGAUUGCGAGGACAACUCAACGGAAAACCACUGUGCGAUGGAUUACCGUGCCAAAGGACAAAGAGCAAACGUUCGAAUUUCCCGCCGCGACUCCUCCUCAUUCCGAACGUGAGCCACCUCGUCAGAUGAUUGUCCGUGUUUCUGGAUGGGAUGAGAUUUCACCGGUGAAUGUGGAUGCAUGCGGCACGUACUUCCGUUUGGUGAAAGGCGUAAAGAGAGGCGUACACAUGGCACGCAUAGUUAUUCAAGUGACAAUGGAAAAGGAUGGUAAAAAGGUGGUUGCCAUUCGAUCGUCUAUAGACAUCCAUAAUCAGCUGCCUCAUCCACUGGCAGUUUAUUCAGCUGAGAACAAGCGAGAGCUGAUGCUUGUGGAACCGUCGCAGAUGAAACCGAUUCCAUUACCGUUUGCACAUUGUCAGUUCCUUAUGCGUCCGGAGGGUUGUGAAGUGCAAGAAAUGGCUGAUGUAUCGUGGUUGAAAGUACGAGUCGCUGGCGAGACACUGAACCGUACACAGCGCUUGAGUACUUCCGACAACAUGAACAAUUACUGGUUA